UGCCGGGCGGAGGAGUAGCCGGGAUCCGCCCCCUUCCCCCAGGAUCUCCCGGCCCGAGACCCCCCGGUCGCCCCAGCUGAAGGCCGGCUACAGGGUACCCCAGGCCGCAUGUUUGAAGGGGGUCGCCCUCGGACAGCAUCGAACCUCCGCACACCGACUUCUCGCGAGGUUUCGUUGCCCGCCCCCCCCCCACCCCCUCCCGCUGCCUCUUAGCUCUGGUGCGGGCAGCUCCCGCAAUGGCUGCACUGCGGAGGCUCCUGUGGCCGCCGCCUCGGCUCCCGCCUCCGCCCUGCCCUCAUCAUCCCUUUCCUGGGCCGUGGGGGCGGCCUGCGGGGGUAGCCCCGGGCCCGCCUGGCCGGCCCUUCUCCUGCCGGGAGGAGGAAGAGGGGGCUGUGGCUGAGGCGGCUUGGAGGUGGCGGAGGCGCUGGGGGGAGCUGAGCAUCGCGGCAGCGGCCGGCGGGGGUCUGGUCGGCCUUGUGUGCUACCAGCUGUAUGGGGACCCGCGGUCCACUCCGCGUGGGCACCCGCCCCGGGGCGCCCCCUCGGAGAGCUCGGCUGUGGAGCCGGAGGACCCGCCCCGCGGCCGGGGGCUGCUUCCUAUCCCGGUCGCGGCUGCCAAGGAAACGGUUGCUAUCAACCGAACAGACAUCGAAGACUUAGACCUCUAUGCUACAUCUCGGGAAAGGAGGUUUCGUUUGUUUGCUUCUAUAGAAUGUGAAGGACAGUUAUUCAUGACUCCAUAUGAUUUUAUUUUGGCUGUUACAACUGAUGAGCCCAAAUUUGUUAAAACGUGGAAGUCACUUACCAAACAGGAAUUAAAUCAAAUGCUCUCAGAAACACCACCAGUUUGGAAAGGAUCAUCAAAGCUUUUUCGUAAUCUUAAAGAAAGAGGUGUGAUUUCUUACACAGAAUAUCUUUUUCUUUUAUGUAUUUUAACAAAGCCACAUGCAGGUUUUAGAAUAGCUUUCAACAUGUUUGACACUGAUGGCAAUGAGAUGGUGGAUAAAAAGGAGUUUUUGGUGCUUCAAGAGAUAUUCAGGAAAAAAAAUGAAAAGAGAGAAACAAAAGGAGAUGAAGAAAAGCGUGCAAUGCUGCGUCUUCAACUUUAUGGAUACCAUUCUCCUACUAAUAGUGUACUUAAAACAGAUGCUGAGGAACUUGUCUCCAGAAGCUAUUGGGAUACACUGAGACGUAAUACAAGCCAAGCACUCUUUUCAGACCUCGCAGAGCGUGCUGAUGACAUUACAAGUUUAGUAACAGAUACUACACUUCUUGUACACUUUUUUGGAAAGAAAGGAAAAGCUGAGCUCAACUUUGAAGAUUUUUAUAGAUUCAUGGAUAACCUACAGACAGAAGUUCUAGAAAUAGAAUUCCUUUCCUACUCUAAUGGGAUGAACACUAUCAGUGAAGAAGAUUUUGCUCAUAUUCUUUUACGAUAUACAAAUGUGGAAAACACAUCAGUGUUUUUGGAAAAUGUGCGUUACAGUAUACCUGAAGAAAAGGGCAUCACAUUUGACGAAUUCAGGUCAUUUUUCCAGUUUUUGAACAACUUGGAAGACUUUGCAAUAGCCUUGAAUAUGUAUAAUUUUGCAAGUCGUUCUAUAGGGCAAGAUGAGUUCAAGCGUGCCGUUUAUGUAGCUACUGGCCUCAAACUUUCACCACAUUUAGUGAACACAGUCUUCAAGAUUUUUGACGUUGACAAAGAUGAUCAAUUAAGUUAUAAAGAAUUUAUUGGAAUUAUGAAAGACAGACUCCAUAGAGGAUUCCGGGGUUAUAAAACAGUGCAGAAGUAUCCCACUUUCAAAUCCUGUCUAAAGAAGGAACUUCAUAGCAGAUAAGUACUUCCAAAGCAAAGUUGUAAGGAUUAUUAUCUACACGACGAUGCAAGAAGCACAAAUUUCAGAGAAUGGAAGCAGGUCUGAGAUCAGAACAUGUAGAAAUGAAGGAAAAGAUGAAAUGCUAAUUAUAAUUUGUCUUGACAGAAUUCUUGAACAUAAGACACUUAAAAUGCAUCUUCUCACUAACUAUACAUGUUAUGUGUUAUCAAGUUGAGCUUUUGCCUUGAUUUACUGAACUCUGUACUUUUUCAUUCCCUUCAGAAGUAUAUAGAUACUUCCAAUGACUAUAUAAGAAUGUAUUUAAAUUUUUUAUUUAUUUAUUAGAAAUUGCCGCAUUUCAAAAUAAUGUAUGACUCCUGGAAUCUAGAUCCCUUAAAAAUUAACAGCAACAACAUAUUUUCUUUGGUUUUGGACUGUGAACUUAUUUUCAGAAAAUGAGUAUUCCUUGAGAUUUAUUUUAGGGCCUUUAAAAUUGUUGAUAAACCCCCAUUAUUACCAGGUUUUUAAUUACAUUAAAAUAAUUUUGAAAAACAAAUAGAAAUUAAGUUACUGUAUAAUAUACUGUGAUGGUUUACAUUGUACUUUUAACGUUUAAAAGUACUUAACAUAUAUUGUGUGAAUCAUAUAAAGUUUUUAAAAAGUUUUUGCUCAUUUACCAAAGUCAUCAGAAUGUCUGUUAUUCUUUUAUGUAUACAGUAAAGAAAUAUAAAAUGUAGAUUUUUUUUUCCUCAAAAAAAGUCCCAUCUCGCUGGUGGAAAGAGUGGCAUUAUUGGCAGCCGUCGCCAUCCUUGCCAUUCUGGUCCUGGACACGCUUCUGCCCCUAACCACAGACGGCGUACAUUCGUACCACUAGUCAGAAUAGUCUCCUGAAGCUUUGUGACUUACUGCAUAUCAUUAGUCUGCGAGUGCUAUAAAACGCAAAUAUGAAAUGGUUUAGAAGAGCGAUGUAUAUAUUUGGUAGAAGUUAAUAUUUUGUUUCUUGUGAAAGGACCACAUGCCAGACAGCCAGUAAUAAUAAUUUAAGUGUAAUUCAUUAUUUCAAAACAAUAUGACUUAAAGAGAAAAGAAAAACUUUCUAGUGAGAAACAGAAUUAGACUUUCACAUGGAGAAAAUAAUUUGAUAGUACCUAAUGGAAGUCUCUUCAGUUAAAAAGUGUAGUUUAUAAAAGGAUACUGUGCAAAAAUAAAGAAUGAAUUUAAGUUAAUAUAUUUAUAUAUUAUAUGUGGAAGAUAAGUUCAUUUAUCUUCUUUUCUAAGAUGUAUUUAAUGUAAAUUGUACAUACUCCAGCUAUUACCUUGCUUUUGCAUAUGAAAAUAGGAAAUACUGACUUUGUUUUUGUGAGUUAUUAAUGUGAAAUUGAUAGUUCUGCAUCAGCCUAUUUAUAAAAGUAAUGUUAUUUCCAAGAAGAUGUUACUAUUAGCAUUGACUAUGUAUUUGUUAAACUUUUUACAUUCUUUAUCUGGUAUUAUUUCUUACAUUGCUAUAGAAAUAUAUGAUUCAUAGAUUUGAAGAUUCCAUAUAGUAUAAUAAUUUAAUUUCACCUGCUUUGAAGGUUGAUUCAAUUGAUUGACUAAAUGAAAGUGCCAGCCCACUCAUUUAACAUGCACAAAGUCUAUUUUACCUUACACUGGAUGUUCUCAAUAUUAAUUAUUUGCUAUCCAGGAUAACUGAAAAAAUGCAAUUUACUUUUAUAUUUAAGUUAUAUUAUCUUGCCUACAUGAAGAAAUUGCUAUUGAGAACAGUUCUUUAUUUUUUUUUAUCCUAAGGUAUUGUUUUCCUUUAUAUUGAUUCUUAAAAAGUAGACAAGGGAUGUGGUGAAUUACAUGGUACUAGAAAUGGACAAAUUUUUUAACACUUGCAUAAUAUGUAGGAGGAAUAGAAGAAGAGAACAGUUCUUUAAAUAGAGAUUUAAAAAUGAAUUAGCUCAUUAAAAUUCUUUAUAAUUCUCUCACUCUCCAAAGGCAUAGUACAUAUGCAGUCUUUUUUGCUUUUCAGUGUAAAUGAAUAUUCUUCUAUAAGGCUGCAACAUAAUAUUAAAAUGGGAAUAAAUAAAAUAUUCCGAUAAAUUAAAUUGAGAAAGAGUAAUUACAGUGAUUCCCUCUGUAUUAUCACUGUUGAACUUCAUCAUCUAUAAAAUGGGAGGUGAAAAUCUCUCACUGGAUUGUUUACAUUGAUUAAAAAAAUUUUAAUGGUUUGAAAAUAGUAACAGACUAAAUAUAUGUAUGCUGUUACUCUCAGUUGUUUCCUUCUACAAAUUAUUCUGUGGAAACAUGAAGCUAUACGUAAAUUUUAGUAUCAUACUCUCUACAGAAAGUCUGCAUGUUAAAAGGUUUAUGCUAUUUCUCAGAAUCAUUUCCUGUUGAGAAAUUCACUUAAGUCCUAGUUUAUUGUUCUUAUUAUAAAAUACAAUUGUAAAGCAACCUGUUGUACAUUCUUAUAUUAUCUUAAAAUGAAUAUACCUGCCCUUGAAUAGAGAAACUUAGUACUUUGUUUAUAUGUGUAUCUGUGGACUAAUGUCUUUCUGAAAAAUGUCACCUCCGAACUUUGAAAAUUUUUGUUGAUAACCAAACCAACAUGGAUCUUAGAUCUUAGGCCCUCUGGUAUAGCAAUACAUGCCAAUGAGAUUAAUCUCAUCGGGAUUUUAGUGGUGUAAAUAAAUCACAGAGCCAUAAGCUUCUCAAACUGUAUAAUAGGAAUUCCUGUAUUCUAGAGUCAUAGUCAGAAAGUUUCAUGUGACUGAAUGGAAUAUCGGUUUUGUUUUACAGUACUGGUUGUUUAAAUGUCUUAAUUAAACCAACACUACAGCAGACCCUGUUUUACUAAUGUUAGUACUUGGUAGGCAUCAUUUUAUUAAGACAACUCCUACUGUUUUAUAGCUAUAUAUUAACAUUUUACAUAGUGCUUUUACUUCCAUAGGCUGUAAAAAUAUGAAUUGUAUAAUAUUCACUAAUGUUAAAAUAAAAAUUCUAA